AAUUAAACGAGUGGUAUUGCUCUGUCUCUCUAUAAAUACACAAUCAUCUCCUCACUCCUGCAAGAUCGUGCCUUUCAUCGCUUCUCUUUCCUCUCCUCUGCAUUAUCUUCUUCAUCGUCGCCGAUCUCUUCGAAAAGCUUCAGGCUUUUCAGCAUGGGAAGCAGCAAUGGAACUGAUUACGGUGCCUACACUUACAAGGAGCUCGAAAGAGAGCCCUACUGGCCGUCUGAGAAGCUAAGGAUUUCAAUCACCGGCGCUGGAGGUUUCAUCGCUUCUCACAUUGCCCGCCGUCUGAAGAGCGAGGGGCAUUACGUUAUUGCUUCUGAUUGGAAGAAGAACGAGCACAUGACCGAGGACAUGUUCUGCCAUGAAUUCCACCUUGUUGAUCUCAGGGUGAUGGACAAUUGCCUCAAGGUCACCAAUGGAGUUGACCAUGUCUUCAACUUGGCUGCGGAUAUGGGUGGUAUGGGUUUCAUCCAGUCCAACCACUCUGUUAUCAUGUAUAACAACACAAUGAUCAGCUUCAACAUGAUCGAGGCCGCUAGGAUAAAUGGAGUUAAGAGGUUUUUCUAUGCUUCAAGCGCGUGUAUCUACCCGGAAUUCAAGCAGCUGGACACUAAUGUGAGCCUGAAGGAAUCAGAUGCUUGGCCUGCAGAGCCUCAAGACGCUUAUGGGUUGGAGAAACUUGCAACCGAGGAGUUGUGCAAGCACUACAACAAAGAUUUCGGAAUUGAGUGCCGCAUUGGAAGGUUCCAUAACAUUUAUGGUCCUUUUGGAACAUGGAAAGGAGGAAGAGAGAAGGCUCCAGCUGCUUUCUGCAGAAAGGCUCUCACUUCGACUGAUAGGUUUGAGAUGUGGGGAGAUGGGCUUCAGACCCGUUCUUUUACCUUCAUCGACGAGUGUGUGGAAGGCGUACUCAGGCUGACGAAAUCAGAUUUCCGGGAGCCUGUAAACAUUGGGAGUGAUGAAAUGGUUAGCAUGAACGAGAUGGCCGAGAUGGUUCUGAGCUUUGACGGCAAAAAACUACCUAUUCACCACAUCCCUGGUCCUGAAGGUGUCCGAGGCCGUAACUCAGACAAUACCCUUAUCAAGGAGAAGCUUGGCUGGGCUCCCACAAUGAGAUUGAAGGAAGGGCUUAGAAUCACAUACUUCUGGAUCAAGGAACAGAUCGAGAAAGAGAAGUCUCAGGGUGCUGAUGUGUCGGCUUACGGGUCUUCCAAGGUGGUGGGAACUCAAGCUCCAGUUCAGUUGGGCUCACUCCGAGCCGCCGAUGGAAAAGAGUGAAAGCUUCCAGCUUUUCUCUUAAUCCUACAACCUUCACGAGAAGACAGGUUCGCAGUUUCUGUAAGGCAGAUACCUAAGAUUUCAGCUACAGUAUUAGGGUAUUUUGGACAUCUCCGAUGGAAGGAUGAUACAGAUAUUAGGGUAUAACUUCCAUUGGAAAGCAUAACAUGUUUGUCAAAUGCUGCCAUGUUUGCUUGUUCUACAAUGAUGGAUGGAUGUGUUUUAAGAUGUAUUAUGUUUCGGUUUGGUCUUGAGUUCCGAGGUUGAAGACAGACAGGACAGAAGAUCAUAGUUAUUGUCAAGUGGCUUUGAGUUCCAUAGUGUUGGGAGGGUUUCCUCUUUGUGUUGUUGAUCAUAAACUGUUUCAUCA